AUGCGCUUUGAUUGUUUUAGCGUCGGCACCUACGACUGGUUCGUCGAGCGCAGGCCUGUGGAGUGGCAACGUGAUACAAAUCUAAAACCGAUCAACUUACCUCCAAUCACCAUCAACAGCACUGUCCCAGCUAAUACAAACAAGGUAAAUCCCUCUACGUUUCAUACAUGGGUGAGAAACGCUUUUAGAAAUGUGCCUCCUGUUGAAAAAAAAAACACCUAAGUAUUCUUUUCUGCUAUGCGCAUGCAACUCGAUUCUAGGAGACCGACGGAAUUUUUCUCUUCCUUUUAGUUAACAACCUCAAGAGACGAAAGAAACUUUCAGCGAAAGGUUCGUUGCUUCGAAAACUGCUUCCGGCUUGGUUAG